CUUGCAUUGCCAGCGCCAUAGUCCUGUAUUAGCCAUGCCUGCAACUCCUGCAUCCACUUCUGGCACUCUGAAUGCCGGAAGCCAUUACCGACCCCUGAAGCUGAGCCUUGCAACUAUUUCCUGCACAUUGGCAAUGGCUGGAUCGCGGGUCCGUGCAUGCAUCUCUCAAUAUCGGACAGAAGCUGCCAACAAUGGUCUAUCUUCUGACCAGAUCAAGUAUUUUAAAGCCGGGCUGCAAUGGGAGAUGAAUACUUCUGUCACACCACUCCUGCAGUACUCCGCUUCACAGAAUAUCGUGUCGGUUCUUCCGGUCCCUGUCGCUUAUAUCCUUAAGUUGUAUCCCAUGCUAACCUGGAACACGGUUCCGGACGACGUCUUUUCAUUCCACCUCCUUGCAUUUGAUGAUGAGGCAAUUGCAGGACAUCCGUCCCGGAUUGUGUUCAAAUAUACAUGUCCAUGGUGGAUGGGAAACACCACAAUCCCGGAUCAACCAUGGCAGUGGGAUGAAAUAAUGGCUUCCUGCGUCUCUCACUACCAGUAUUGGGCGCUUAAUGUUGAGGAUGAUGCUUUGGUUCUUCCAGAGAAGUUGAAAAACACUUCGACUCCACCACUUAUGGGACUGAGGUGGAUUAAAGAACAGCAUGGAAGCAUUGAUGGAGGAGCAAGAUCAUGGCAUCAAAGCCAAGAUGGCAGAGGUGAAGAUGUACACUGA